AACAAUUUGAAGGGCCAUACCGCAUUACUGAACAAAAAGAUCCAGAAACAUUUGUGGUCAAAAUUGAAGAUCCGGAACAAGAUGAUAAUGCUGAUUAUACUAAGCAAGUUACUACGUGUGAUAUGAAACAUGUUAUUGUACGUGAUAUUUGA